AUGAGCCCACCAAAUCCUGUGCCGAAGCUACGCCGCCGCGAUCGCGCUAUGCAGUACCUAGGCCUCUCCCCACAUGGGUCACGGUCGACAUUGCAGCUUAAUCUGCAGCACCCUGGCUCUUCCAUGCCUCAGCCUUCAGGCUCUACAACCAAUCUGCCUGGGACGGCUGCUGCCGCCGGACCCGCCAGCGCCAGCGCGUCCAGCAGCCUUGGAAGUGUCUUCUCAUCGAUUUGGAAGGGACAGCGGCGCAAGACAGGCCCGAUCUUCAAGGGCACCAAGGAAGUUCUGCGAGUCAUCAAGGAGACGACCGAUGUGUUCCCUCCAGUCAAGAGUGUCGCCGCCGCGAUGUAUGAAAUACUCAACAUCCUCGAUACUGUCGAUGGCAACCGUGAAGAGGUCAAAAAACUGCAGGGUCGGCUCGAGGUGUUGGAGGAGAUUCUCGGCUCUUGCCCUCCUUCGGGAGUGGAACCAUCACUGGGAGACAGGCUCGGUGGACUGGCAAGGAUGCUGGAAGAGAAGGCGGCUUAUCUGAAGGGAAAAUUGAAGGAUUCGAAGGGGAAACGGGUGAUCAAUGCGACGGAGGACCAGAAGGAAAUUCAUCAAGCCAUUGAGGAGGUUAGAUUCGCGAUUGAAAUUGCCAUGCUUGACAUCAGCAUCUCAGGCCGCAAAGCGACUCUAGAGGUAGUGAAAGAGGUUGCCUGGGUGAAGGAGAGGGUCGUGGAAACGAGGAAGCUGGUCGGAGAAACGAAAGAAAUUGCGAUUUGGUUGAAGGACAACGAACACCUCAAGAAGAUCAAGACCGUCACUGGAGCCGAGUUCAAUCAGGAGGACCGUAAAGGGUGCAUCCCAGGAACGCGGGUCGCGCUACUAGCAAGCCUCCUCCGUUGGGCGAAGGACCCCUCGUCACCAUCCAUCUUCUGGCUUUGCGGCAUGGCUGGCACCGGAAAGACGACGCUCACGGAGACGUUCAACAACCAGCUCGACUCCGCUGAGGGUCUCGUUGUUGCCAGUUUCUUCUGCUCGCUCGACCACGAGGAGCGCAGGGACGUCCGACGCAUCCUUCCCUCUCUUGCCAAGUCCCUUGCGAGGUUGCAACCCAAGUUUGCCAAGCAGUUGGUGAAGGUUCUCGAGUCCGGCAAGGUGCCAGAUGACCCAAUCGCCAUGAACCUCAAGGACCAGUAUCGCAUCCUCAUACUCGAGCCCGCCAGCAAAGCUUUCGACGCCGCCAUGCUUGUUGCCCUCAGCAUCGACGCGCUCGAUGAAUGUCCCGAUAAAGAUGCUAUCAAGCUUCUCUUGAAGGCAAUUCUCUCCCAGCCGCCGCCUCCUCCGCUCAAGGUGUUCUUGACAAGCCGUCCCGAGGUGCACGUGGAAGAACGUUUCACGAGCUAUGACAAGCAUCGCCAGUUGCUCCUUCACGAUGUCGAACAGCAUAUCGUUCAAGCCGACAUCGCCGUCUACCUACGCCACUGUCUGUCGCAGAUCAGCGAUCUCGAAGGCCAUGUUCAGGCGGAGGACAUCGAAACCCUCGCCAGACGUUCGCAGAACCUGUUCAUUUAUGCUGCGACGAUGGUCAAGUACCUCGACGAGUACAGGGGUGACCGCCUCCGGCUUUUCCGUGAGCUUUCCUCGUCGGAUUCCACCUCGGGUGACCGUCUCGACUCGCUCUACAAGCUCUAUGGCGCGAUCAUGACCGAGGCGUUCAAAGGUCUCGAUACCACCGAUACGAAGACCAUUCAGGCAUGUUUAUCCCUGCUCAUCGUUGCCCCCAAUCCACUAUCUGUCUCCGGGUACGCGGGUUUCCUUGGGCUUGACCGUGGUGCAGUACACAGUGCAUUCCGGCAGCUCCAUUCCGUUGUUCGCGUGCCGCGGGAGGACCUUCAACCCAUCGCCAUCCUCCAUGCAUCCUUCGCCGACUACCUCACCACCGACAACUCUCACCGUCGACAUGAAUGGGCUAUCGAUCGAUGCACGGCCAACGAAACAGCCACCCAGCAAUGCUUCAUUGUGAUGAACAAGGAGCUGAGGAUCGGAAUCUCGGGUGCGACAACAUCGUACAAGUCCAACGACGAGCAGCCUGAACCUCUGCACAUUCCUUCGGGUCUGGCAUAUGCAUGUACAGCAUGGGUAAACCAUGUCCUCGGCAUGCUUGACAUGACGGGAUACCUCUUGGACGAGCUUCAGGAGCAGAUAGGUGGAUUCUUGGUCAUGAACUCACUGUACUGGUUGGAGGUGUUGAGUGUGGAGAAGAAGGUGGAUUACGCUUAUGAUACCUUACCCCUCAUUGCAAAGGCCCUACCUGCUCUGCCUCAUGAUGUCCGAGACUGUCUCACGACUAUUGCAACAUUUUCAUCCACAUUCCGGACUCCCAUCAGUAAAAGUGCUCCCCACCUCUACCUCUCUGCCCUACCUGCCUAUAUUGCGUCUGGGUCAUCACCAUGGUUCCAUCCCCAAAUUCCAGCAAUCCCCUCGCUCUCCUACUCAUAUAAUAGAAGGCAGUUAUGGACAAGUGAUGUUGGUAGUGGAGUGGACUGUGUGGCCUUUUCCCCAGAUGGCAAGCUCCUUGCGUCUGGGUGCCGGGACAGGACCAUCCGCCUGCGGAAUCCCCAGACUGGGGAGGCACUGGAUGGGACCCUCCUUGCCUCUGGGUCGGAUGACUGGACCAUCCGCCUGUGGAGUCCCCAGACUGGGGAGGCCCUGGAUGGGACCCUCCUUGCCUCUGGGUCGCGGGACAACACCAUCCGCCUGUGGAGCCCCCAGACUGGGGAGGCACUGGAUGGGACCCUCCUUGCCUCUGGGUCGCAUGACAACACCAUCCGCCUGUGGAGUCCCCAGACUGGGGAGGCACUGGAUGGGACCCUCCUUGCCUCUGGGUCGUGGGACAACACCAUCCGCCUGUGGAGUCCCCAGACUGGGGAGGCCCUGGAUGGGACCCUCCUUGCCUCUGGGUCGUGGGACAACACCAUCCGCCUGUGGAGUCCCCAGACUGGGGAGGCCCUGGGUGAGCCUCUGCGAGGGCACAGUGGUAGGGUCAACUCUGUUGCCUUCUCCCGAGAUGGGACCCUCCUUGCCUCUGGGUCGCGGGACAACACCAUCCGCCUGUGGAGUCCCCAGACUGGGAAGGCACUGGAUGGGACCCUCCUUGCCUCUGGGUCACGGGACAACACCAUCCGCCUGUGGAGCCCCCAGACUGGGGAGGCACUGGAUGGGACCCUCCUUGCCUCUGGGUCGGGUGACAACACCAUCCGCCUGUGGAGUCCCCAGACUGGGGAGGCACUGGAUGGGACCCUCCUUGCCUCUGGGUCGCGGGACAACACCAUCCGCCUCUGGAAUCCACAAUCUGGGGAGGCACUGGAUGGGACCCUCCUUGCCUCUGGGUCGGAUGACUGCACCAUCCGCCUCUGGAAUCCACAGUCUGGGGAGGCCCUGGAUGGGACCCUCCUUGCCUCUGGGUCAUUGGACGGGACCAUCCACCUGCAGAAUCCCCAGACUAGGGAGGCACUGGAUGGGACCCUCCUUGCCUCUGGGUCAUUGGACAGGACCAUCCACCUGCAGAAUCCCCAGACUAGGGAGGCACUGGGUGAGCCUCUGCAAGGGCACAGUGGUCCAGUCAACUCUGUUGCCUUCUCCCCAGAUGGGAGCCUCCUUGCAUCUGGGUCAGAUGACAGUACCAUCCGGAUGUGGGAUACUGCCCACCACAGGCCCAUCCACUCCCAACAUUUUGACUCCUUUAAUUUUCAAGAACCAGUGUUCCUCCAGAUGUAUCCUCCUUCCAUCUACCUCGAUAAGGAUGAUGGCUGGAUUCGGAACGGAGCAGGAGAUCUCCUCUUUUGGGCUCUACCCCAAGACCGUCGUAACCUCAUCUCACCCGCAACCCGAUGGAAAAGUGGUGAAUUCUGCAAGCUUGAUUUAACCAAUGCCGUUCACGGAACUGAAUGGACCAAAUGUCAGGAACCGAGACCAGUGGAUGCACGACCUCAGCUUUGGCCCAUCGAGUAA